GUUGCAGAGAUGAACUGACUCUCUUCCGCUGCGCAGUGUUUCUCAGGUGGGCUCAUUUGAAGAUGCUGUUCCGCAGCAUGGCCUGGGAUGGCUCCACACAGCUCCUGAAGUGUGCCUGGAAGUGCUUGAUGCAGAACAACAAGAGCCACAUCCCCAAAUUCCUGUUUCACGCCUUAGAAUACCUGGAAAGCUCACAGACAACAAUCAGACAUUCUGCAGCCCUGUUCAUUGAUGCAACCUUGAGAUUCCAGCCGUCCUUGUUAUCAAUGGCCGAAAGACUACAAAGAACCAGGAAGCGGCCACAUAGAAGCAGAGAGGACAUGCUGCAUGAAGGAAUGCAGCAGUCCCUUAAUGAAAAUCACAAAGCACAGGAGUGGUGGGAGAGUAAAAGAAGGGUCUGCCAGCAGAAUGUGGAUCGCUGGCACCAAAGCACAGAGCGGCUGCUAAGCAUCAUGGAGUGCCAAGUAGACUCCAUACAGGUGCUCGUAGCAAUGCAGCUCUCAGCUCUGGCCAGGAUCAGCCCAGGGGGAGCUACAGGGAAGAGGAGGCCUGGAGGGACCUGCCCACAGAAAGCAGGUCUCUGCCAGAAGGGAUCAGAGAAGGUCCCAGGCAGGAGAUACCCACAAGGCUUUGAGGCAGGAAGCAAGAGGAUAGAAAAGCUCCAGGACCUUGUCAGGCCUCACCUGUGCCCCAAGAGAAGCAUAAUGGGGCUCAGCCCCCCAGUUAUUCUCCCCUCUUUGGAUCAGCUUCAGGAAGGGCCAGUUUAUAAAUUACUGGACAUGAGUCGUCACCUAGAGUUUUUGCCAUUUUUUUUCAUUCGCACAUUUGAAAAUAAAAUCACCUCAGGUUUUGUCACAAAUACUGACACUAAAGAUAUCUCCAGUUUUGCCCCUUUUUGUCUCUAAUUAUCAAAUAUGGUGAUUAAAAUCCCCUCAGAUU